AUUAGAACAGCUUUAACAAACAUGGACCGAGAAGCAAAAGAGUAUUACGAAGUGAUUAUCCAGGCCAAAGACAUGGGUGGACAGCUGGGGGGAUUAGCUGGAACGACCACGGUUAAUAUCACUCUCAGUGAUGUGAAUGACAAUCCACCCAGAUUUCCUCAAAAACACUACCAAAUGACCGUUUUAGAAUCAUCACCUGUAAACUCAACUGUUGGAAGAGUUCUAGCAAUGGACUUAGAUGAAGGAGUAAAUGCAGAAAUGAAAUACACCAUUAUAGAUGGAGAUGGACCUGAGAUGUUUGAUGUUUCAACAGACCCAAUAUACCAAGUUGGAGUAAUCACUGUUAAAAAGCCAUUGGACUUUGAAAGCAAAAAAAGCUACAUCCUGAAAAUUGAAGGUUCAAACCCACACAUUGAAGUACGUUUUUCUAACCUGGGUCCAUUUCGCGACACCACAACCCUGCACAUUAGUGUUGAAGAUGUGGAUGAGCCUCCUGUGUUUGAAUCUAGUCAUUAUUUUGUGGAAGUCUCAGAAAAUGUAGAUAUUGGUACAACAAUACAGAUUGUUUCUGCCAGGGAUCCAGACGCAACUAAUAACUCAGUCAGGUAUUCUAUUGACAGGAACAGUGAUCCUGGAAGAUAUUUCUAUGUUGAUAUUACCACAGGAGCACUGAUGACAGCAAGGCCUUUAGAUAGGGAAGACGUCGCUUGGCAUAAUCUCACACUCUUAGCAAUGGAGAUGAAUAACGCCGCACAGGUUGGAAGUGUUCCUGUCACCAUAAAAAUCCUCGAUGUUAAUGACAAUUCUCCAGUCUUCACCAAAUUUUUUGAGACAUUCAUGUGUGAAAAUGCAAAGGCUGGACAGCUGAUUCAGACAGUGAGCGCGAUAGAUCACGAUGAUCCUCCAGAGGGUCAACGUAUAUACUAUAGCCUGGCUCCUGAAGCUGCUAAUAAUCCAAAUUUCACAUUACGGGAUAAUCAAGAUAACACAGCCUGGAUCUUGGCCCGAAAAUCUGGCUUCAAACAAACUGAGCAGAACAUCUUUUACAUCCCAAUCUUAAUAGCAGACAAUGGGCAACCGAUACUGAGCAGUACUGGUACUCUGACGAUACAAGUCUGCAGUUGUAAUGAAGAAGGUGAUAUAAUGUCCUGUAGUGCAGAACCAUACACCUUACCCAUAAGCCUCAGCAGGGGUGCACUGAUUGCUAUCCUUGCCUGCAUUUUUGUAUUAUUAGUAUUAGUCCUGCUUAUUUUAUCCAUGAGAAGACAAAGAAAGCAGCCAUACACUAUUGAUGAGGAGGACAACGUUCAUGAGAACAUUGUCAGAUAUGAUGAUGAAGGAGGGGGAGAAGAAGACACUGAAGCAUUUGAUAUUGCAACCCUAUGGAGUUCAAGGGAGGCACAUGUUGGAAAAAGUAGACAGGACAUGCAGCCAGAGAUUGAGAGCCUGUCCCGUUAUGUGCCUCAGACGUGUGUCAUGGACAAUAAUGUACACAGCUACAUGUUGGCUAAGCUCUUUGAAGCGGAUACAGAUGUUUCUGCACCUCCAUUUGACUCUCUUCAAACAUAUAUGUUUGAAGGAGACGGAUCAGUUGCUCAGUCUUUAAGCUCAUUACAGUCAUUCAGUACAGACUCUGAGCAGAGCUAUGACUACCUUAAUGACUGGGGACCUCGGUUUAAAAAGCUUGCUGAGAUGUAUGGUGCCAAGGAUAGCAAUGCAUCAUUGUGA